AUGGCCCCCACGCCCACCGGCAUCAACGUGAUAAUUGUCGGCGCCGGCUUCGGUGGCCUUACAGCAGCAAUCGAGUGCCACCGACAAGGCCACAACGUCACCAUCUACGAGAACUUCCCCGCUCUCAAGACACUCGGCGACAUCAUCUCCUUUGGUGCCAACGGCGGGCGUAUCUUUGCCCGCUGGGCCGACGGCGCCAUUGCCAGAAAGCUCCGUUCCCUCUGCAUCGACCUCACAGACUACGGCUUCCGCAUUCACAAGUACGACACGGGUGAGGUAGUCUACCACCAACCCACCCCACCCCAGCGCGAGGAGGCGCCCGUCUUCAAUGGCCACCGCGGUGAGCUGCAUGAGGUGGUGUUCAACUACGCCAGGGACGAACUCGGCAUCCCGAUCCACCUCGGCCAACACGUCGAUGAGUACUUUGAAACAGAGGACAAGGCCGGAAUCGUACUCAAGUCUGGAGAGCGGGUCGAGGCCGACAUUGUCAUUGGGGCUGAUGGCGUCAGAUCAAAGGCGAGGGAGCUUGUUCUUGGGUACGUGGACAAGCCCAAGAGCAGCGGCUAUGCUGUCUGGCGGGCGUGGUUCUCUAACAAGGACAUGAUUGCCGACCCACGCACCAAGGAGUUUUGUGAGAAUGGGGAUACCUUCAACGGCUGGAUCGGGCCCGACGUGCACUUCCUCUUCAGCACAAUCAAGGGCGGCAAGGAUUGCUGUUGGGUGCUCACCCACAAAGAUGAGCACGACAUCGAUGAGUCGUGGUCUUUCCCGGGCAAGCUGGAAGACGUGUACAAGGUUUUGGAGGGGUGGGAUCCCGUUUGCAAGGCCAUCGUGGAGAAGACCCCGAGCUUGGUGGACUGGAAGUUGGUCUACCGAGACCCCCUGCCCACCUGGGUGAGCAAGCACGCGCGGAUUCUGCUCUUGGGUGACGCUGCCCACCCAUUCUUGCCUACCAGUGCCCAGGGAGCCACUCAAGCGAUGGAGGAUGGUGUCACGAUUGCCGUGGCCUUGAAGCGCGGGGGGAAGGAUGGUGUCCCAGCUGCAGUGAGGGCUCACCAAGAGCUCAGAUAUGAACGCGUUAGAGCUGUGCAAAAGACUGGCGAGUCCACUCGCGACAGAUGGCACAAGACGGACUGGGAAACUGUUAAACAAAACCCGAAGAGCAUUGAGUUCCCACGAGAGGACUGGAUCCAUGGCUUUGACGCUGAAAAGUACGCAGCGGAUAAUUACGACGAGGCGAUCAAGAAGCUGGCAAUUAAGCAGGAGCCAGAGGAGGAAACCGCUCCGUUGGCAGCUGUGCCUCCUGCUGUAGUGGUUUAG